CCCAAAUAUUGACUUUCUUCUUACUCGAUACUUAACACAAUUGUUCCGUGACCUUCCCAAAAACAACAACUCAUAAUUUUGCAACGACAUUAUUCAAAGAUAUGAAGUUUGACCCAUUGCUCGUAGCACCUCUCCUUCUCUUUCUCAAUCUCGGUACCACGCUAAAAUGUUACACAAACCAUACGGCCACUCGGUACCGAUUUUGUCUAGAAGUUGGCGAACGCGGUCUUCUGGAAGGCAGAAUCGUUACUUGCCUCAAAAAUGAACCCUGCGAUGAUCCGGAAUUUUACCCUUGUGGAAAUGGAGGGACAACAGAUGUGCACUUUAGUACAGAAGAUGAUGUUUUUACGUUGAAUACCACAAUUGCCGAAAAAACACAAGCUGUGAACGCUACAGAAACGAGUCGAGCAACGACAACCCGAACGUUUCCACAUGCUGCCCAUGGGUUCAAUUUUGUGUUAAAUUCUUCAGCCACUAAAAACGGUAGCGUGUUUUUCUUCAGUGAGGAUGUUGUUACAACGGCAAGAGUGACGACUGUGGAAUCGUACUCGUCAAAAACGCCGGAAAAUGUUACACCAGAUCCAAAUUUUGAUAGUAGUGCCUGGGCAGCGAUGGGAAACACCGAGAAAAAUGAUGUAGCGAAAAAUUCAGAACCACACAAAACUACUGAAAAUGUUACGACUGUUGAAGAUCGUAAUAUGGAUACUUUGUCAGCAUCAGAAAUUACCACUACUCCAAAAAGUACUGAAACCAAAUUGCACGGAAAUCCCAUAAACAUGGCAAAUGUUGCCGAUGAGGAUGGUGAUUCGAAAAUUUUAUCAACCGUGCUAGAAGACAGUACCACCACUCUUAGAACAAUCGAAACCAAACCAAGCACAAGUACUGAAAGCGAUAUUAUCGAUCCAUUCACUGAAGAACGGAACUUCGAAACUUCGUCAAUCGUAGAAAGUACCACCACAAGUACCAUCAUACCAAGAAUACAAACAACAAUCAUCGCUAACACUCAAAAUACGUCAAAACAUAACCAACUAAUCAGCGGUGCCAACAUAAUUAUUUCAGCCUUAACAACGAUACUAGGGAUAAUUCUAGGUUUCAUAUUAAUAGAUUUUAUCUUUUGGUAACAUGUUCGUUUCAUAAUUGUUUAACUAAACAUCGUUUCAAUUUGUGAAAAUAAAUUUUUCAAUACGUCAA